UUUAAUCAAUUCAAAUAUUAUCCAUAAAGAUCAAUUUAGUUUAACUAAAGUGAAAAAAGAGUGAAAUAUAAUAUAAAUUUCGUUGAAUGAAACUAUAUGCUUGGAGCCAUGAUGGCAUUGAAAAUGUUAUAUCGUGGACCCAGUUCGAGACUUGAAAAUUUAAUUGAAAAAAUACAAGCUACAAAGGAAAUUGUAAAUACUGAUAUGUAUUCCACACACACUUCAUCUAGUUAUUCACCAUCGAUUUCGGAUGGUACAUUAACACCCAACUCAUUACAUCAUCUGCCCGUACAACAUUUGUCCCACUUGGCGCACACCAACGAAGAAGACAUUGCGCAGCCACAGCGUCUGCGGAAGCACGUCAGCAAAGUCAAUGGUGACUUGGUGCCUAGCAAUAGACACAAUGAAGCAGACGAAAAUGAGGUAGCGUACGAUAAAAGCAGCGUUGAGGUAGAAGGUAAAAACCGCAGUAAUGGAGACUGCAGUGGCAUUGAAGGUGGAGUAAACUUUGAGCAAUUAAAACGACGACAUCAUCGUCACGCAGAGCAUGCACUGAAAAUUCCAACUAAACUGCGGAAACUUGAACGGGAUGCAGCCAAGUUAGAUAAGUUGACAGGCGAAGGUAUUAAAAAUAGCGCCGACGGAUCCUAUCAGUGUCAGUUCUGUGAUAAAUCAUUUCCACGUCUUGGCUACUUAAAAAAGCAUGAACAGAGUCACGCAGAACAUUUACCUUUCAAAUGUGAAUAUUGCGCACGCCUUUUCAAACAUAAACGUUCCAGAGAUCGUCACACUAAGUUACACACUGGAGAUCGUCGCUACAGAUGUCCCCAUUGCGAAGCUGCUUUUUCUAGAAGUGAUCAUUUGAAGAUUCAUAUGAAAACUCAUGACAAUCAGAAGCCAUUUCAAUGCACUAUUUGCAACAGGGGCUAUAACACUGCUGCUGCGUUAACUUCUCACAUGCAGAACCAUAAAAAGCAAGCUGCCUUAUUGGCUGCAGGCGGCAAUCCUCAAGCAUUAAACUAUAGUCCUCGUUCAACAGGAUCUGCUUCUAGUAACAAUAGCCUUCAUAAACGACGAUAUGGCUUAACUCAAGCUUCUGAUAGUAGUCCUAGCCAUUUGGAUUAUCCAAAAUGUUUACGUCCUGCCACAUUCCUAAACUGCAACUACUGCACUAAAUCAGACUUCAGUUCCCUAGAAUUAUUAAACGCACACAUACAGAGUAUGCAUGAUAAGGAAUUAACGCCCACACAAGCGCAAGCUCCUCCACUAGGUAGCGAUUCCAACAGCUUUCAGUUGUCCUGCGAAUAUUGUACCAUGAAAUUUCCUAAUAUUCCAACGAUGUUCCAGCAUAUGCGUACUAUACACAUCGAUCGCCUCACUAGCCCUAAUUCAUACUUUGAACACUUUAAUCGCUUAGCAGCCACCGGCACGUUUAGUCCACGUUUACCCAUAACAACAUCGCUGCAACGUUCGACUAAAGAUGAACAUCAAAUUAAAGUAGAGCAAUCAUUGCCAAGUCCAAAAUGCAAUGAUUUAAAACAAGAGGAUCAACCUACUGAUCUAAGUCAAAAUAAACGGAGAUCAGCUACUCCCACAACCCCACGCACCUCACCACAAGUCCUUGAUAAGCCCGGUAUUUUCUUUUGUAAUCAGUGUAAUGCAGGUUUACCUGAUUUCGACAGUUUUCGCAAUCACCUCAAGUCGCACAUUGCACAGAACUUAAACCUCGUUUGCCACCAUUGCGGAUUAACGCUGCGCGAACAAACUGAAUACGAACGACAUGUCAUAUCUCAUUUUCUAAUUACGAAUUCCGAGUACAAUUGUGCCGGCAAUUGCAAUAAAACCUACGUAAAGCCGGAGGAGUUGCAAAAACAUUUGCUGGAUCAGCACGUCGUUCCUAUGUACAAAUGUGCGAUUUGCGCAGAGCUUUUUGAAACUAAAGUAGCAAUUCAAGUGCACUUUGCUUGUACACACUCAACUGAAACUAAAUUAUUGAGAUGUACCGCCUGCAUGGAGGUAUUUCGCGCUGAACCAGAUUUCAAUAUGCAUGUGAAAACUCGACAUCAAACUGCUAAUGGCACCACAAUGACUAACAACUCAUUACAGUGCAUGUUCUGCCGCACAGUUUGUACUUCAGACCUAGAGAUGCAUUUUCAUUUAGCAGCACACGCAAGACAAUUUCGUUGCCCUUCUUGCCCGGAAACAUUCCAUGUUGAAUUUUUGCUUGAUCGCCAUAUGCAAAGUCAUCAUGGUGGAAAUGAGACAGUAGCUGACACGACCAAAGAGUCAUUUGAAGAUAACUCACCAACAGCCGUGCCAAACAAUAACACAAUAGGUUCCAUGAAUCCUUUAUACGUUAAUGCACUUUUUGGAAAGACUCCAUUAAUACCAUUAGUUGCGCAAAAUAAUAAUAACAGCAUCUUAGAUUACAAUGCUGCGUUCGCUGCACAUCUUAACAAGGGACUUUUUCCGACCACCAACACAACUGCAGUUGGUGGAAAAUUCUACAGUCCAUUACAAGUAGACACUAAUAGCAUGAAGCAUCCUGCCCUCAUGUACGGACUAAGCCAGCGCUAUUUUGAUACUAAUCGUACCUUGAUGGAUAUAUACGCACAGCACCAUCAAGAUAAGAAUAACGGAGGAAAUUAUUUCAUUAGUCCAAAACACGCAAGUAACGUGCAAUCCCAACAGGACUCACAGCACAACCGUAAUUCUAAUGAACCUACAACAUCUCCAGUUGCUGGCUUCAGUUGCGGGAUGUGUGAGCGUAACGAUUUUCGUACAGAGGCAGAAGUUCAUUCGCAUCGUAAAAUAGUGCACAACAUGAAAACUGGAGUAAGCUUGCGAUGUGCCUACUGUUCGGGAAAUUUCAAAUCACGUAGCGAGUUGGAACAUCACAUGAAAACAUGUCACAACUCAACCGGGAAACACAAGUGUUUAAUCUGCGACGAGAUAUUUCCAUCUCCCGCCAUUUUAGCUGAACACAAAUUGCAACACUCCAAAGUAGGUCAGUCAGGCAAGUGUUCACACUGCGCCAAGCCGUUGUGUGAUGUAGCAUCGUUCAAAGCCCACCUUACUGAGCAUAAUAAUGAGGCACAAAUGCCAGUACAAUGUAUUUGCUGUCGACAGUCUUUACAUUCAGAAUUUGAGAUUGGACUACAUGCAAAAUUCCAUACUAAAUCAAGUAACGUACCAGAAGCUGCGUGCGCUCUUUGUCUAGAGCCCAUACCAAAUACAACUGCAGAUGCCAAAGUAUGUGAGAAAUGUUGUCGUAAACACAAUCUUAAUUCGAAAUACAAACCUCGUGAAAGCUUCGAACGCACAUCUGAAAUGCGUCCACAUUACAUAGAUAACCGCUGCAAUCUCUGUAAAAUGAUAUUACCACAUCCGCAAAAACUGCAGGAACACUUAAUUGAGCACACGUUUGCGGGCUGCGAAGAUCGUGGAUUUAUUUGCUACAUAUGUUCUGCAGUCUUUACUGCGCCUAGUGGUCUACUGAACCAUAUGACGGAGCAUGGGCUUAAUGCAAGACCCUACGAUUGCAAUUUAUGCACAGAGAAGUUUUAUUUCCGCGCCGAGUUGGACCAUCAUCUUGUUGAACAUGAGCUACGUAUCAUACCUAAUCUAAGAGUUAACACUGAAAGAGUUACAAAAGAAGAUAGCACACCACCAGAACUAAAACCGAAAAAUUCGGUGCAUGCAAUUUUGCCUGAAGUAAAACAAGAAAUAUUUGAAGCGGAGAACAAAUCUACCGCCGGCGACGAUGAUGAAUAUAUUGAAGUUGAAAAAGUCUCUGAUAUGAACAACACUCACGGAGGAGAGCACAAAGUGAAAGAAAUGAGUGAAAUUAAAGUCGAUCCAGUGAAGGAACAAGGGGAAAGUGUUGCAACCUAAAAAAUUACUUACAUAUUUAGUAUUAAUAUGCGCCUAGUAAAUAAAUAAUAUUUAUAAUCAAUUUAGUAAAAUCAUACCAGUAUUCUUGUGAUAAGCCUAAGGACAUAAU